AUGGCGAAAGGACGUGGUCGAAGAGCGCAAAGCGCAAAGCGCGGGUCGUCAGGAUCACAGUUUUACACAAGAGAAGAUUUAGGAGAAGACGAUGUUGAGCGUUUCAACGCUGCAAAAGACAAGAUACUACUCGAUGGAGGAGAGUACGAGUACGAACGUGACGAUGACGACGAGCCAUUUGGCGGCGAUGAACGCGAGGUGCUUGGCUUUGAUGAUGAUAACGAGCAAGAGGCAUCGGACGGACACGAAGAUUUUGAUGAUGACGCGGAAGAGGACUCUUUUGCGGCCAUACAAGUCCCCAAGUCCCGUGCCGCGAAGUCGGCAAAUCGACGCGCUCCCCGCGAUGACGCGCAUGAGGAUGAUGUUGAGCCCGACGAGGAAGAGGAUCUUGGAUGGGGUGCCAGCAAGCAUGCGUACUACAGCGGCAACACGGAGCGCGACAUGGAAUCCGACUCGGACAUUGACGAAGAGAAAGCACACGAGCUUGAAACGAAUGAAGCCAUUCGUUUGCAGCGUCUGAGCCGCACUGGUAUGGGCGACCACGAGUUUGGGCUCGAAAAUAUUGAUGCAGAAGAGGCACAGAUGAAUGCGAAUGAGCACAGUGCCGCUGCACGUAUGCGUCGCAAGCGCGAAUUAGACGACAUGGAAGAAGUGGUCGUGCAGCCUACCGAUCCAGAAACUGUGUUCUCCGAGCUCCGUAUUUCUGCACCAAUCGUACUUGCCCUAGUGCCCGAGUAUAAGGACGCACUACAACAGCUGGAAGAGACACACGCGUAUACGAAAAUGAUAUCCGUGGAAGGAGAACGACAAGUUGCAGAGAUUGCGCAUUUGUAUUACCAGACGCUGUCUACGUAUGUGAUGCUGCUAGCAUUCUUCUUCCAGAUGGCCUCUUCUCCUGCUAUGCUUGUGGCUGCAAACACAGAAAAGCUUUUAUCGCACCCCGUCAUGGACCGCUUGAGCCAGUUUAAAAAGGCGCUAGUGGAGAUGAAAUCGCUUGGCCUCUUCGAUCUUGAGCAAGACAGCUCUCAGGAUGAUCGCGAAAUGGCGGGUAUUAUGGGACCACCGACUGAAGAAGACUUGGCGUACGAAGAGCUAGGCCCGUUGGAACCGAAUGAGGUUGAAGACCUGAUCGAGGACGAAAAGGAGAACCAACACGCGUAUCAACAAUCGACGCCAGCAGCUCCCGCUGCACGGCCCAAGACCAGAAAACCAGCAAAUUCGAACGCUAAGAAACGCAAAGCACCACCUACGGCCCCCGCAUCUGCGCCAUUGGCGUUGGUAGCGCAUGAGGACGCCAAACUGCCUCCUUCGCACCGGUCUAAGCGUCUGCAUACCCCUACUCCCAUUGCGCAAGACGAUGCGUACGGCGAGCCAGUGCAGCUUCUUGACGCCGAGCUGGACGAGAAAAUGCAGCGCAAGCGCGCAUCGCAGUUCCACGCCGAUGUGCUUACUACCGCACAGAGUGCACCGAAGCGCAACACACUUGACGGUGACGCCGACAUCCCGUAUCGAGACAGGCGUCGAAGCCGCGACGCCGUUGCAGCGGCCAAGUCGAGCAAGCUGGCGAAAGAAAAGGCGCGACUAGAUCCGUCGCUGAACGAGGCGGACUGGGGCGACGGUGACUGGCAGGAUCGGGACGUGGUCAUGGGCCAAGACGCGCUUACGACGCCACCAACCGACGACUACGCUGCGUACUACGACCUGGUCACUAGCGGAAAGCGUGCCAAGACGGCACAAAAGAAGGCGGCGUACGAUGAAGAGCGGCUGGCAGGGCGUAUCUACGAUGCGGAUGUGCUUGCCCCCGGCGAGCACCGCACGAUUGACCGUACAAUUGAGAAGAACCGCGGUUUGACGCCAAGUCGCUCAAAGGCGGUGCGCAAUCCUCGCGUAAAGCGCCGCAUGAAGUUUGACCGUGCGCAAAAGCGUCUUUCGAGCACACGCGCCGUCUACAAGGGCGGUCAAGGUGCGCUCCAAGGUGGAUACCAGGGUGAGAAGAGCGGUAUCUCAACUGGGCUGGUCAAGAGUCGGAAAUUGAGUGGAUAG